UUUGUAUUGUUUUGUUAGAUUUCCUCAUUUCCAUUGUAUUCUUUUCUUCCUUUCGACGGGGAAGAGGAAAGCAGAGGGAGAAGGGUUAGCCAUGGCGGACGCCUGCAACUCUCGGAGCCUUUCGUGGCUCGUAAAGCCCUGCCGUCCCGAUCCCCGCCGCGAGAUCAUCGCCCUGACGCCGCUGGAUAUCAUCCACCACCUCAGGCCGUCUUCCGCCGCCCCAAUCGCGUCGCUGCCUGACGAUCUCCUACUCGAGUGCCUCUCCAGGGUGUCGACGUCCUCCCUACCCGUCCUCCCUCUCGUCUGCCGCCGUUUCUCCCUCCUCAUCGAUUCGCCUGCCUUCCUCCGCGUCCGCCGCUCUCACGGCCGCCUCCGCCGCACCCUCCACGCCCUCUCCCUUUCCGAUCUUGGUCGGCUCUCCUCUGCUUCCCUCUCCGCUGAUUCUUCCUUGGACGCCUCCUGGGACCUAUUCUCCACUUCUUCCGGAGCCGUCUCACUUGAAGUCUUCGAAGGAUCCUUUUCCUUCGCUCAUGCCCGUGUGGCGGUCCUCGGACGCGCGAUCUACAUCAUUGGCCGCGGAGCUACCCUCCGGUACGACACUUGGACUGGGGCGGUCUCCCCUCGGGCCCCGACCAUUUUCCCUCGCAAGAAAUUCGCCGCCGCGGCAAUCGGAGGCAAGAUCUACGUGGCCGGGGGCGCCGCCCGUACUUCAGCGGUCGAGGAGUACGAUCCGGUGGCCAAUGCGUGGCGGGUAGUCGCGGAGGCCCCAAAGCAGCGUUAUGGCUGCGUCGGCGCCGCUUCCGGAGGGGUGUUUUACAUUGCCGGAGGUUUGCGCGUCGGCGGAGGCGGGACUGGAGUGGAGGCUGGGAGGCUAGACGCCCAUAUUUGCGCUGGAUCUAUGGAUGCUUACCACGUGGAUGCGGGUGCGUGGGUGAGAGGCCGGCCGGGCGCCGGGGCAGGGUCGGCGGCUGCGGUGCCCGGAGGUUGGUGCGUCGUUGGGGCAUGCGGAUCGGGGCCGUACGUGUACGUUGUAGCCAGCCACGCGGUGGAGCUUUCCUUUUGGCGUUGGGAGGGGAAGGUGCGGAGGGGCGGCGGCGGUGAGUGGACGCGGCUGUUACCACCGCCAGUGCCGGCCCGUUUGGGCCUGGGCGGAGCUGUUCGCUUCAGCUGCGCUGCCGUGGGGGAGGAAAAGGUGGUGGCGCUAGUCCAAGUCUCGGUCGGGUGCUCUGGCCAUGGCGGUGCAAGAUGGGGUUCGGACAAUUUGGCGGUGGAGGGCGCGUUGCUUGUGUACGACAUAAGGAGCGGCGAAUGGAAUCGAGGCCCGGACCUGCCUACGAGACUUCGACGCGCCGCUGUUGUCUGUGUCGAGUUCUGACGAACGUUACCACCUACCAUGUAGCGUCAUUAAGCAUUCACCAAGAGAUUGAUAGUUAUAGAUGUGAUUGCCUAAAAAGUUGAUCACAUUCAAUGUUUGA